GACCCGGAACCGUGCUCACUGUUAAGAGGUCUCCGGGUAGCAGUGCAGUAUUGUCACCUGACUCCGGUCUCAGUCCUUUAUGGCUGCCGCGCUGCUCGCCCGAGCCUGCGGCCCUGUCCGCGGAGCUCUCUGGCCUCGGGACUGGCGUCGCUUGCAUACCAUCUUCCAGUCUGUGGAACUGCCUGAGACACACCAGAUGCUGCGUCAGACAUGCCGGGAUUUUGCCGAGAAGGAGCUGGUUCCCAUUGCAGCCCAGGUGGACAAGGAACAUCGCUUCCCGGAGGCUCAGCUGUGGCUGUGGACAGAAAGGUGAAGAAGAUGGGCGAGCUGGGGCUCAUGGCCAUGGAUGUGCCCGAGGAGUUAAGUGGUGCCGGCCUGGAUUACCUGGCCUACACCAUCGCCAUGGAGGAGAUCAGCCGGGGCUGCGCCUCCACUGGAGUCAUCAUGAGUGUCAACAAUUCUCUCUACUUGGGACCUAUCCUGAAGUUUGGCUCCAAGGAGCAGAAACAGCAGUGGAUCACUCCUUUCACCAGUGGUGACAAAAUUGGCUGCUUUGCCCUCAGUGAACCAGGGAACGGCAGCGACGCCGGGGCUGCUGCCACCACUGCCCAGGCAGACCAUGACUCAUGGGUCCUGAGUGGCACCAAAGCCUGGAUCACCAACGCCUGGGAGGCCUCGGCCGCCGUGGUCUUCGCCAGCACGGACAGAUCCUUGCAGAACAAGGGCAUCAGCGCCUUCCUGGUUCCCAUUCCGACGCCUGGGCUCACGCUAGGGAAGAAAGAGGACAAGCUGGGCAUCCGGGCCUCAUCCACCGCCAACCUCAUCUUUGAGGACUGUCGUAUCCCCAAGGAGAACCUGCUGGGGGAGCCUGGCAUGGGCUUCAAGAUCGCCAUGCAAACCCUGGACAUGGGCCGCAUCGGCAUUGCCUCUCAGGCCCUGGGCAUUGCCCAGGCCGCCCUGGACUGUGCUGUGAACUAUGCUGAAAACCGCAGGGCCUUUGGGGUGCCGCUCAGCAAGCUCCAGGGCAUCCAGUUCAAGUUGGCGGACAUGGCCUUGGCCCUGGAGAGUGCCCGGCUGCUGACCUGGCGCGCUGCUAUGCUGAAGGAUAAUAAGAAGCCAUUCAUCAAGGAGGCGGCAAUGGCCAAGCUGGCUGCAUCGGAGGCUGCAACUGCCAUCACCCACCAGGCCAUGCAGAUCUUGGGUGGCAUGGGCUAUGUGACAGAGAUGCCUGCCGAGCGGCACUACCGUGAUGCCCGCAUCACUGAGAUUUACGAAGGCACCAGUGAGAUCCAGAGGCUGGUGAUCGCCGGGCACCUGCUCAAGAGCUACAGGAGCUGAGCCCUCUGUAGGGCCAACCAGUGCCCUCCGGGGGCAGGGCUGGCCUGAGGGUCACAGGAGAGGCGGCGGAGCCAUGUGCCUUUACCCUGACCCUAAGUCAGGGGGCCACGCCUCCUCUUGCCAGGACUCCCCCGGAACCCAGCCCUUCUGGGUGGACCUGCCACUCUCACCUUCGUCCACCCGGGAACAGACUGCCAGGGAGCCUAUCUCAGAGGAAGGAAAGGUGGGCCUGUGACCUGGCCUGAGGACCCCCAUCUUCAGCUCAGUUUCUUGGCUUUGCUCCCUCUCACCAUCAGCUGUGCCUUAUUUUCUUCAUCUGGAGGCAGGGCUGUGGGAAGAGCGAAAUUAUCACUCAGGGACUCCCCAGCUCUGUUCUUUGUGUCCUGGUGCUCAGCAUGAGACCCAGGUGUGACUGCUUUGGGCAGUGUCUGCUUUUUCCCCAGAGGUCAGAGUUCGGGAGGAGUAGUUUGGAGGCCAGAAUGACCAGGCGUCAAAGCAGCAGAAAUUGUGUUCUCUCAGGCCUCUGGCAGUCUUGGGGUUGGAUCAUUGUGGAAGCUGCCCUGCCCUGCGCCCCUUUAACCUUUUUUUGUCAGGUGUAAAUAAGUGAUUGGGGCCAGUCACAUUGGGGCCAGUCACAUGUGGGAACUAAGUAAUAAAGCAUACCUGUCCCUAA